GAGCAGUGGUUCCCAAACUGGGGGCCAUGGCCCCCUGGGGGGCCAUAUAGCAGAAUGUAGGGGGCCAUAAUCUGAGGCUAUGCAUAAAUAAAACCAAAGGAGUUUAGCGGGUAGGUAGCCAGUGGAGGGAACUUACAGGUUCAGUACAGGUUUGUGCAAUGCCUUGCUGCCAGACACAUGGGUAAUACGUCCCUUUUUUUCUUUUUAUCUGAUUCUGUGUUCUUGACAUAAAACAAGACAUGGGGAUGUAUUAGGGAAGCAAGAUAAUUUUAACUCAACAUAAUUCUAAUCUAAGGCUUCCUAAGCUGUGUAUUCUGUAUGAUAACCUGGUCUUGAAUCUUACGUAUCAGCAAGGAUGUUCAUAUUAUUCAGUUAACCAGACAUUCACAGUUACAACAUUGAUCACCGUGUGUGCCUCCCCAUAUAAUCAGUUUCCUCCCACCUGUGAAUACUUCAGUAUUAUAUGAACUUAAGCCAACAUCAAUACCACUUUAAUGGUACAGUGAUGGCUUCUAAUAAGAAACGCAACUAUGAUGACAACUACCUGGAUUUUGGAUUUACAAGCAUCACUGAUAAAGGUGUAGUGAAGCCUCAGUGUGUGAUUUGUCACAAAAUACUCACAGCUGAAUCACUAAGGCCCAGUAAGCUUAGAUUACAUCUGGAAACCAAGCAUCCUCAACAUGUUGGCAAAGAUCGUUCCUUCUUUAGUCGACAAGAAUUGAACAUGAAGAGACAGCGACUUGAUGCCAGUGGUUCCUUUCAUCAACAAAAUGCUGCCGUAGUGGAGGCAUCAUUUCUUGUAGCCCUUGAAAUAGCAAAGAAAAAGAAGCCUCACACAAUUGGGGAGGAAUUAAUUUUGCCAUGUGCCAAAACAAUGGUAAAGCUUGUUUUGGGUGAGAAAAGUGCUGAAAAGCUGAAUGCUAUUUCACUCUCAAAUAAUACAGUGCAACGCCGAAUCUCCCAAAUAUCUGAUGACAUCAGAGAGCAGGUGAUACAGGAAAUCAAAAGAGCUGGAUUAUUCAGUAUUCAACUCGAUGAGUCCACUGACGUCCAGUCCUGCUCACAACUCCUGGCUUUUGUAAGGUAUGUUCAUGAUGAGGAUCUGAAGGAGGAAUUCUUGUUUUGUGAGCCUCUUGAACAAUCUACAAAAGGUGAAGAUGUAAUGCAGAAACUUACAGAAUUCUUUGAAUCUGAAGGUCUUGACUGGGGCAAUCUUUGUGGGAUAUGCACAGACGGGGCUCCAGCCAUGUUGGGUUCUCAGUCAGGUUUUGUUACAAGAGUUAUACAAAAGCACCAAAUGCUAUCCUCUUCACUGCAUGAUCCACAGAGACUCUGCCAAGAUAUGGAUGCAGCUCAUGAGACCCUCCUAUUUCAUACAGCAGUUCGCUGGCUAUCAAAAGGAAAUGUAGUUCAACGUGUAUUUGAGCUCAGAGAAGAGAUCAGCCUCUUUCUCAGAAUACAGAACAAGCAAGAUUUGCUGUCAGCAUGGUCUGCAGAUAGCUUCGAAAUACGGCUAGCCUAUCUUGUUGACAUAUUUAGACAGUUGAACACACUGAACCUGGAACUCCAAGGGAAAGGAAGCUUGAUAAUCGAUUUUGUGGACAAAAUCAAAGCUUUCAUUCGUAAGAUGGAGAAUUGGAGGCGCAAAGUUGGAAUGGGAAACUUGGCAAUGCUGGAGACAGUGUCAGAAAUUGUAGAGAAGUGUGAUGCUGCUACGCAGAACUUGAUUACCCAACAUCUUGAGGCCUUGGAAGGGGAGUUUAAAAGAUACUUCCCAGAUAUCCAAAGCCUAACUUCUCGGCUAGUAAGGGCCCCCUUCACUGCUGCAGUGACAUGCAUUCCUGAUGACAAUGAUGAUGGCCAAACUGAGCUGUUGACACUUCAGGAGGAUUCAGGAGCUAAGAUGAAGUUUGAAACUGAAUCUCUCACAGUAUUUUGGUCAUCAAUGGCAGCUUCAUACCCAAACUUAUGUGACUUAGCUUUUCGCCACCUCCUACCAUUUUCAUCAACUUAUUCCUGCGAGGCUGCAUUCUCUCAACUACUCCACAUUAAAACGAAAUAUCGCAACAGACUUGAAGUGAAGCAUGACCUACGGUGUGCUUUAAGUGAAACAAAACCAAGAAUCAAGAAGCUUGUUGAUAAUCUGCAACAUCACCCUUCACACUGA